GUUUGAUCGUGUGGUCAACCUGAGACUGCCAGGUCUGGAAAGCGUCGACCACUACCCCAUCCUGGUGGCUGUCACAGGCAUCCUGGUGCGAAUCCUGUUGGAUGGAGACAGACAGGGGAGUCAACACAUGCUGUUUGAAUUCACGGGAAGUAUGGCGUUCCUUAGCUGCAGAACCUGCUUGAGAAUCCUGAGUUUCCUUCAGUGCCACCAUGAUCCAGUGACAGCUGUCUGUACAUCCAUGGGUCCACUGCACAUGGGAGCUGCUCACUGCUCACCGUGCUGCUGUUAACGGAGACAUUUUGAUGAUUGGACCCUGUGACUACAUGGUAUCUCGAGCUGCCUCCGUCCUGCUCUCGGACCCCUGUUUCCAGCUCCACUCCAUCCAGCACUUGUUGGGAGAGGGGGGGGACUCUUCCAGCUCGUCAGCAGCGGUCAGCUCCACGGCCCGCCCGGCAGUUGGCUCUUUGGGUUCGUCUGUGACCCCUCCUAUCUCGUCAGCUGCUGGAAACACAGGCUCUUCAGAACGCAAGCACUUCUCCCUCCACUCAUACACAGACUACAUCAGUGAGGAGGAGAAGCAGAAGGUGGAGCUGAUGUUGGCGUUUCUCACAGAGGAGUCUCAACAGGCUGCUGCCAGCACAGCUCCGACCAGCGAAGAAGACCUAUGCCCCAUCUGCUACGCUCACUCCAUCUCUGCCAUCUUCAAGCCCUGCUCCCACAAGUCCUGCAAAGCCUGCAUCAACCAGCACCUGAUGAACAACAAGGACUGUUUCUUCUGCAAAGCCACUAUCACUGGGGUCGAGGACUACAGCAAGCCUGCCUCCUCCUAACACACACACACACACGUUCGCUGUAAAAAUCAAAAGAGAAAAAGCAUAAAGAUAAAGCCUGAAACCUUCAAACACACCUGGAGCCUUUCAUACUCGCAUCUCAUGAACCCAAAGAUUCCUCACUGAGGUCUGUACUGUGUGUGUGUGUGUGUGUGUGUGAGUUUGUGUGCGUGUGUGUGCACGCGUCUGUGUGAGCCUGUAUGAUUCAGAAUUCCUCCUUCUCUAGCUUAACUGCAGCUGAGCCGAGCGCUGGUCACAUGUUUCUUCUCAGGCUGACAUGCAGAGGAAGCCGCUGCCAUAGAUUUGCUGGUAGAAUCGGUCACAUCCUGGUGGCUGUGUCAAACAUCUGCCCACACCAUUUAAGUGCAGCUUCACAGCUGUCGGAUCUCCACAGCUGUCUAAUGCUACGGCUCUGUGCGUCUGUAGCACCCGCACCACUAAUGCUGCGUUCCACGCUGACUCGCACGUUUCCUGCUUCCUGCUGGAGGAAAGGAGGAUGGAUGACUGUAAACUGGGAACCUCUCGAGUUCACCGAGAAGCAGACGCUUCCACUCUCAAACUGAAGACCGUUUCCUCAGGCUACAUCAGGAAGUGAUGGUUUUUACUGUUGUAUUCUGACUAAACUGUAAUGUUAUGUGCCACAGCCUCUUUCCAUUUCCUUGGUCCAGUUCAUCUCUGCUGACAGUACAAAUACUCAAAUACAGUACUGCCCGCCAUGCGUGCAUUACGCAGUGCUUCAAGCUCGAACGUUGGACAUUUCCAGUCUCCAGUGUGAAUGGAACGCGGCACGUUGGGAACCCAGCAGUGAUAGCUCGGGAUGAGCAGCUUCUAGAGCUCCUGUCAGAGCAGACUUAGGAAAUGCAAGGGGCCUUAGCGGGGCACGGGGACUCGAAUGUAAAUAUAAUGAUCAAUUCCUUGGCACCUCUGAUUGGCAUUGUACUGCUGCGUAGUAACACACCUGUCACCACACCAGAGCUAACAAACCAGUGUGAGGGGACACACUCGUCUUUUAUAACUGCCAGUUACAGUACAGGGGAAGUUUGAGUGCACAGCUUCUGCAUCUGGCCCCAGCUGUGCGAGCAGGAGCCAGAUGCAGGUUCCUGGUGGGGGAGGCCCUGCUCACCGAGCGCAGCGACCGAGGGACGCUGGUCUAUGUCAGGACUUGGCUGUUCAGCCACUAUGUUAAAUGAGCUGCCACCACAAGUAGAGGCCCCAUGUGUCUGAACCGUGUGUCUGAAAGGGGCUUUAGUUAGAAGUCCUGAAAGUUAGCAGCGAUGGUGCCGUCUCCACAGGACAGGCUCCCACUGCUGUUAUAAAUAGGGGCUCUACUGUGGCGCUGGUGAACACACACAGGUACACAGAGGUGUGAAAAACAAGAAUCACAGCAGGCGACAGGACAAUGGGCACUCUGUUCUCUGUACAACACACACACGGACAGCAGUGCGAUGGCUAGCUGUCACAUUAGCACAACAGUUCACCUCUACCUGUCGGCACAGGUGCACCACACACACACGACAGGGUGCUUGGUGUGUCGCUCUGCAGAGACACACACACAGAGAGAACAGUGGAAGGUCCCGCGUCUCCCGCCUACAGUCUCAACAGGCCGCACAGACUGUGGGGGCCUGAGGGGCUGGGGGCCCUGGGCCACAACCCCUUUGUGGACGUGCUCUUCCUCAGAGGAACAGCGUGACAUUUAGAGGAAGGACGGAGACUGUUUGUCCCAGCUCUGCAGCUGGACCGUGUUUCCAUAACGUAAUGUGUGAAGCACUUCAGUUCCCACACCUCAGAGUACAGCUGGGGAACUGAAUGUGUCAUGGUGUGACAGCGCGGUAGCUAACGGUCCUGAUGUGUUACUAAAGGGAGAGUUCACUCUAGAAGAAACCACGUUUGGUUUAUUAUCCAGUUUGCUGCAUCAAGAGAAACGAGACUGUUGGUGGGAUGCUGGUCACGGCUGGCCAGUAGCUCCUUAGGUCCAGAAAUGUGGCCACGUCGAAGGUCCCCUCAUCUUUGUGUCUGAUAACAAACCGUAUCGUGGCCUCAGUUUUCCUGCCGGCGUCUUGGAGACCCACCCACACAUCAUCGGCACAAAGGAAACUGAAAAAGGAAAUUAGACGUUUUAAUAUUGAAGCCACAGUUUCAAAAUCCUACACGUUAAGAUGAAGUAGGCAUGCUGAAAUUUAAAUGUGUAUCCCAAAAUGGAAAAGGGAAUGAAACAAAUCGAAAGACUAAAAAACUUCAGCAUAUGAAGCAAAAACUGUUUUUUUCUGUCCUGCUCCUUUGGUUGGCUGUUUUUUAAAUACCUUCCAUUGAGCUUUGGCUCCUUUUCCUUUAUACUACACUCAAACUGUCCUGAGUACUGAAAGACAUUUACAUAUAACCGUAAUUCUGUGGAGCAGUAAGUCGGGCCUCAUUCGAUGGAAGGAAAAUCAGAUUUUGACAAAUAAACUGUUGUGAAACUUUCAUUUCAACUGGAGGGUCAUAUUUAAAGUCCUGGAACAAAAUGAGAGGAGCUCAGUGCUGCUCAGAGGAAAAGGAGCUUGUAAUAGGUGCAUUAUGCUUUGUUAGCAUUCAGGCUCAUAGAAAUACAAUUAAAUGUGGAAGUAGAAAACUACCGUUGGUAUCGUUUGAAGGUAGUAUGAGGAAACCGAAGAGGAGCUGAAGCUUAAUGCUGUAAAUCACAGGUUUCCUUCCUUUUUCUUUUUUACAACUUGUUAAUUGCCUCAUUCUCACAGGUACUAAAAUAAUAAUUACAUCAUUCUUCAUUUCUGUUUUGAGCUUAAUUGUGGGUAACAUUAGUCUCUAAGUCACAGAUUAGUCGAAUGUUAAAAGGCUGGAAACAGAAAUAACACACUGCAUUCUGUGGAAACAUGAAACGUAAAACCUUUCUUAAAUAGAAAAGCCUAAAUGGAAAAAGGAAAAUUAAAACAGUUGUUGAUAUUAAACCACAGUUGAGCAGGAAAGUUAACUGCUGAAAUAUUUAGUUUUUCCAACUAAAUGUGAGUUUUCCAGUUUCCUUUUUCUUUCCCAUCUUUGAUAACAGCCUGAUUAUUCUGAGCUUAACAGUAACAUCUUAUUUUCCCUUUUCAUUUCUGCUCCAUGAGUUUGCAGCUGAUAUGAAUGUAUUAGAAAUGCUGAGCAGCCUCGUGCAGCUCUGUGCGUGAGACCUUCUGCUUGUUUAGGUUUAUGAUACACAGACUGUUUGUUUUCAGUUUGAUCCUUGGAAAUGAAGUGCGGAUUGUUUCCACAGUUAUUGUCCAACACAGUGUUGUUGUUAUAAUAAUGAUGUAGGAGCGGCUAAUGUGGCCGAGACAGCAGCUUGUGUUGGCAGUGUGUGUGUGUGUGUCUGUGUGCGUGAACAGUGCUGGUUGUUGGUCUGAUUCUGGGGGAGAGCGAGGGGACAGACACACUCAUUGCUUUGUCUGCUGUGUGAGUGACAGUGCACAUAUAUUGACAAUGUAACUGCAUUAAAUUAUUUGCCCU